AUGACAAACCGCCGCCUCCUCAUCUUCCAAGAAACCCCCCUGCAACACCCGCAAUCCCCCACCAACCCACUGACCCCAAACCCAAACAUCCCCUACUCCGUCCAGCAAACACACGCCCAGCUCAACACGCAGCAAUUCACAUACCUCCCAAUCAACAAGCUCGGCCUGCCGGUCCACGGCCCGGGCUCACUGCCCGAGGGUCUGAAAGUCGGCAGUUUACUGGAUCUGCCUCUGCGGGUUAUCACGGCGUUUACGGAGAUCUUCAAUGGGGUUAAGUAUAAAGGGUGGGCGAUUGUUGCGGCUGGUCCGUACAAUGAUCCCACGCUUGGUGUUGGCGCCGGCACAGGGAAGUUCUAUGCUGUUGUGUUGGAGCAGGUGAAUGCGCCUGAGGGUUCGGGGGCUGGGGCGUUGUGA